GUGACAGCGACACUGACACUGACACUGACGCUGAAAUAGAAUGAAAUUGAUCUUUCUGGUUCUGGGCAUCAGUUUUCUGUUUUCCAAAGUGUGGCGGGAGUGAGACUGGAACUCUUCAAUGAGACACCAAACAAACGACCUAAUUAACACAUGGCGAAACUCAUCUCUUUCUUUCGUCGCUCCACGAAACCCUUCCUUCAACUCAAAUAUCUCUCUUACUCAGCAACGCAUUUGCACCCACAUCAAACCGUUCCUUCAAUACCCCUGUUCUUUUUUCUGGGUAUCUGCAAAAACAUCCGUUCUCUGAAAAGAAUCCAUGCUUUGCUUAUUGUAGACGGAUUGGCUGACGACCUUUUAUGUAACACUAAACUGGUUAGCGUCUACGGUUCUUGCGGCCAUGUAAAGUAUGCCCGUCUAUUGUUUGAUAGAUUGCGAGACCCAGAUUUGUAUUCUUUUAAAGUGAUGAUGAGAUGGUACUUUUUGAAUGAUUUGUACAAAGCGAUUUUGGAGUUUUAUAAAUGUAUGAGAAAAUGCGUCAAAGAGCAUGAUAAUGUUGUGUUUUCGAUAGUUUUAAAGGCCUGUAGUGAGUUGCAAGAUAUUGAUGAAGGGAGGAAGGUACAUUGUCAAGUUGUUAAGGCAGGAAGUCCUGAUGGUUUUGUGUUGACGGGUCUUGUCGACAUGUAUGCCAAGUGUGGAGAAAUUGAAUUUUCUCGGGAAGUGUUUGAUGAAACAGUCGAUAGAAAUGUGGUUUCAUGGACUUCAAUGAUUGUGGGGUAUGUACAGAAUGACUGUGCACAGGAAGGAUUGAUUUUGUUUAAUCAGAUGAGGGAAGCGUUAAUCGAAGCCAAUCAAUUUACAUUAGGCAGCUUGGUGACCGCGUGCACAAAGUUAGGAUUUUUGCAUCAGGGAAAGUGGGUUCAUGGUCAUGUGAUUAAGAUUGGUCUUGAACGUAAUUCAAUCUUGGUGACAGCUCUCUUAGAUAUGUAUGCGAAGUGUGGAGAAAUUAGAGAUGCUAGAUCAGUUUUUGAUGAACUUUCAGCUAUCGAUUUUGUAUCAUGGACGGCAAUGCUUGUUGGAUAUGCUCAAAGAGGCUAUCCUAACGAGGCUUUAAAAUUGUUUACAGAUAAGAAAUGGGCUGGAGUUUUGCCCAAUUGUGUUACUAUAACAAGUGUGCUUUCAACAUGUGCACAACUGGGGAAUUUGAAUAUGGGAAAGACAGUACAUAGUCUUGGGAUUAAGCUUGGAUUGGAGGGUCCAGCAAUGAUCAAUGCUCUAGUGGACAUGUAUGCCAAGUGCCACAUGAUUGAAGAUGCUCGUUACAUAUUUGAGACAGUUACAGACAAGAAUGUAAUUGCCUGGAAUUCCAUCAUAUCUGGGUAUUCCCAAAAUGGGUAUUCAUAUAGAGCACUUGAAUUGUUUCAUCAAAUGAGAUCAAAUUCUAUCUCUCCUGAUGCAGUAACAUUGGUGAGCGUCUUCUCAGCUUGUGCUUCCCUUGGUAGUUUCCAAACUGGUUCUUCUCUUCAUGCAUACACCAUAAAAGAGGGCCUACUAUUAUCAAAUGUCCAUGUAGGCACUGCCCUGGUGAACUUCUAUGCCAAAUGUGGAGACGCUGACUCUGCUCGCAUGGUUUUUGAUGGCAUGGGAGAGAAAAACACUGUGACAUGGAGUGCAAUGAUUGGUGCCUGUGGAAUGCAAGGGGAUGGUAGUGGGUCCCUUGCACUUUUCAGUGAUAUGUUGAAGGAUAAAGUGCAGCCUAAUGAAGUAAUCUUUACAACAAUUUUAACUACCUGUAGUCAUACAGGGAUGGUUGGGGAGGGCUGGCGAUAUUUCUAUUCAAUGUGCCAAGACUUCAACUUUGUGCCUUCCAUGAAGCAUUAUGCGUGUAUGGUUGAUCUAUUGUCUCGUGCUGGCAGGCUUGAAGAAGCCUUGGACUUUAUAGAAAACAUGCCUGUUAAACCAGAUGUUAGUUUGUUUGGAGCUUUCUUACAUGGAUGUGGAAUGUAUUCCAGGUUUGAUCUUGGGGAGGUGGUGAUUAGGAGAAUGCUACAGUUGCAUCCUGAUAAAGCUUGUUAUUAUGUGCUCAUAUCUAACUUAUAUGCUUCCGAUGGAAGAUGGUGUCAAGUUAAUCAAGUGAGAGAGUUGAUGAAGCGCAGAGGUUUGAGCAAGUCCCCUGGGUGUAGCCAAGUGGAUUUAGAUGUUGCUGAUGAUUUCUCAUGUUCUAGGGUGGCAUCUGUUGCUUAGUUGGGCUCAGUAGAUAAUACUUGCCAAGCUUGAGGUAAUCAGGUUUAGCAAUCCGAGCUAUAAAAUUAAUAGUCCUCAUAGAAGCUUAUUGAAGGGGAAUGGUUGAGGAAUGUUCGAACAGGUUAUAUCUGCUCUUCUGCUAUAAACUCUCUUGGACCAGUGCUCGCAUUCACGAUUAAUGUGAGUGAUGCAGAAAAAACAGUCUGUAACAUGUUGAAAUCUAUUCAAACAGAUAACAAUGCAUGCACGACAGUACAAGUAUUCCAUGUUCCGGGAACUUCAUUGAAGGAAUUGUGAUCCAGAAGGUUCUUCUUGUUGUGCUUGUACACCUUCUCAGUUAAAGAUAUACUUUUUGCAGUUUGAGCAUACUUGCCCCAAAAUUUUGAACUUCAUGUAGUCCUUUAAACAUGAGCAUGAAGAACUCUGAUGUGUCAAUCUCAACCUGAAGAAUUAUCGUGCAUUAAGGUCCAUCCACAAGCUUGAUGGAAGCUUGUGAUAUCAGGCGUAGCUUCAGCAACUGAACAUCAGAAUAUUGGCUUAUGUUUGGAUAAAUGCUGGGACUCCUGUAAAUGGUGGGGGUUUGUUAAAUUAUAUGUAGAUUUCCCAAAGCUUAUUGGGGUAAAAAGACUGAAUCAAUUCUUUCCUGGGGUAUAUUGCCUCUGUGUUUGGGUAGAAUCGGUACGUUGCAAAUUCCUUGCAAUACCAGUAAGUAAAUUGUUUCAGCGGGAGGGAGAUCAGCUGAGACUGGAGUCAAAUGUACAAGAAACUUUUUUUUUUUUUUAACAAAAAAUUGUUUAUAGAGUUGUUAAUUACACGUGUAUUAAAUAUCUAUGAAUACUGAAAUAAAUAGUUUAUCCUAAUA